AUGCUUUGCUUUAUCCGUCCAGCCUUGUUGAUAUCUGCUGGGGUUUCUACAAUUAGAGAGAGUUCUCAGAGCCUUUUGGGGGAUGGGGGAAGGUCACCUUCACCCUCCACAGGGCCAAAACCAGUGGGUGGGGCAGUAGCAGAGGCCCGUUACCCAGAGCCCAGCCAGGGACCCCUAACCCCUCAGUUUCUCCAUCAGCAGUGCCCUAGGGAUGCUUCUACAGAGGAAGACAAGGUCAGAGCCACAAGCUGGAAACCAUCCACACCAGUAAUCAGCGCCAACCUCCAAGGGCAGACCUAA